AUGACUGCGAGUGAUGGGAAAGAUGGACAUGCGAGUCUACAAAAUUUCGUGGAUUUGAGGAAUCAGUCGAUUGCGAGUACGUUUGGACCGACGACGUUUGCGGAGUAUCCUGGUGCUGUUCCGGCUGUUUCGAGGGUGUUGUCCGCUACGGUUACGAUUCAAGCUGGUGGGGAGGCGUUGGAAGAGGUGCAUCGCAUUACGAAUUCUGUCUAUGCGGACUUUCGUCAUGUUCCUGAUCUGAUUUGGGAUGUUCAGUAUGAACCUUUGCCGAAAGCGUACCGGGAUCGUGGGUUUGCGAGGAGUGGUGGGAAUGUUAUGGGGUUGAAUUCUACGGAUGAUGAUCUCGUCAUCGUGUUCCUCAUGCCUCUUUGGAAAGACGAAAUCUACGAUGACGAGGUAUAUCGAGCUGUUCGGACUUGGCUGGAUGGGGUUGAUGAAUACAUUAAUGUCCACGAUGUGGGAUAUCCGUUCCAAUACCUCAACUAUGCCGCACCGUUUCAAGAUCCUUUGGCGAGCUAUGGAGUGACGAACUUUCGGUUUUUGAAAGAUGUGGCGAGGAAGUACGACCCAGAUGGAUUUUUUCCACGAGCGGUCUCUGGUGGAUUUCGGUUGCGCGAUGAGGAUGAUUUUUGA